AUGACCACGCGUAAGAGAAGACAAGAAGCCGGUGAAGAGGAGGAGCUCCAGGCCCUUCCAAGUGACCAGAGUGACGAGGAGGAGGAGGAAGAGUUUGAUGACGAAUCUGAUUUCGAAGGAGAGGAUUCAGAGGAUAACGAAGAUGAAGAGCCUGCUGAAGAGCCAGAGCCAUCAGCUAAACGACGUAAAACCUCUCGAACUUCGGCAAAAAAGGCUCCUGUAGACGAUGAUGAGGAAGAAGAGGAGGAGGAAGAGGAAGAGGAAGAACAGGGAGAAGAAGAAGGGGACGAGGGAAAGGAAGAGGAAGAAGGAGAUGAUGAAGAGAAGGAUGGUGAUGGCGAAGAAGACGACGAGGAGGCUGAGAAGGCUGCCUCGGCUAAGAAAGCAGGUGAAGAGGAAGAAGAAGAAUAA